AUGGCUCAAGACGCUGAAGCAUACGACAUGGUGGCACCGGGCUGCAUAUACCUUACCGCUGAGCAAGAGGAACGCCUCGUGGAUCGCCUCUACACGCAGUCCCUAUUGCACAAGGAGGACACCCUGAUGAAGUUAGAUGCGCGCUACUACCCUGUGGCCGCCUCGCAGACCAUCUCGCAGGAGACACUGCAGAAGAGUGUUCAGCGCCAGGUCGAUACCGAGAUGGAACGGCGGCAGAGACUGCGGCAGGAGAUGGACGCCAUGGCGGCUGCUGAGGCGAUGGGCUAUGCAAACGGCAAAGUUGCGACUGCUGCCAGGAAGACCCUGACUGCGGAGGAGACGGACGCCAGUGUGCGGCGGCUCUACGACGAAACACUCGUGCGCAAGAAGGCAAAGAUGAUGGAGAGCGAGCGCCUCUACGCGUUUCAUCCAGAGGACAUCAAGUCGGCCAAGAUAUCCAAGAAGGCGCUGCAAGCGUCAGUCAAUCGCAUGAGCAAGCCUAAAAAGACAGAGUUCACAAUUGCGGAGGUGAACGAGAUCUACGGUCUGUGA